AUGACCGACAAUUACUCUCUGUGGGAAAAGAAGGGACGAAGCUUACAGGCAUGGAUUGAAGACUACCGUGCAGCGGGCUGCCCGUACCCUAUUUCCACAUUCGUUUUGACGCCCAGACACCGGGACUACUUCGUCGAUCGAACAUCUGUGCACCUAGAUGCAAGACUACUAACUGCUCUUAACAUGGGCAACGUGAAUUCGACUUAUUGGAAGAUUAGCAUUACACAGCGCGACGAAGGUCCACCGGUGUGGUGGAUUGGGCGCACUGGGCCGGGGGUUAUUUUUAUUGACGAUAUCUUUAGAUCCAAGAGAAGCGAUGAUCCAUACAUGUCCGAAGUCAUCAAGGCAGCCUACAAAAUGGAUUUCUCCCUAGAUAGCUUGAGGACUGUAUUCGUGUCCAAUGUCAACGAAAAGAAUACCCUAUCAUGUACUUGGAAGCCCUCAUCGCCUGAGUUCAAUGCUCUGCUGGGGAUUGGAAUAGGCAAAGUCGUUGCAGCAUCUGUUCUGUGUGCCUGGGGCCAAGGGAGAAAGCGAAUUGCGAGAAUUGUUACCGUCCAUAUUGGUGCCGACAUUCACAAACUGUACAUGCGGUUUAAUCUCGAGAAUAUGUGA